UACACUGAUAAAGGGGAAAAGCAUGAAAGGGGACGAUUUGUGCGGUUUCAUCAUAUAACCUUCUGGGUCGGCAAUGCCAAGCAGGCGGCAUCCUUCUACUGUGACAAGAUGGGCUUCGAGCCUUUGGCCUACAAGGGCUUGGAGACUGGCAGCCGAGAGCUUGUCUCGCAUGUCAUCAGACAAGACAAGAUUAUAUUUGCAUUUGAAUCUGCACUCAAUCCUGGAUAUGAAGAGAUGGGGGAGCACUUAAUGAAGCAUGGAGAUGGAGCCAAAGACAUUGCGUUCCAGGUGGAGGACUGCGACUUCUUAAUUAAGACCGCCAAGCAGCGAGGAGCUGUCAUCGUGAAGGAUCCCUGGGUAGAGGAAGAUAUCCAUGGGAGGGUCAAGUAUGCUGUGGUGCAGACGUAUGGAGAUACCACGCACACGUUCAUUGAGUACCUGGGGCCCUACAAAGGUCUUUUCCUACCAGGUUACAAAGAACCUCUGUUUCGAGAUCCACUCUUAGCCAAACUUCCACAAGCUGGUUUGAGAUUUAUCGAUCACGUAGUGGGAAACCAGCCAGAUGACCAAAUGGUGCCAAUAUCAGACUGGUAUCAGAAGUGCUUGAUGUUCCAUCGGUUCUGGUCCAUAGAUGACAAGCAAAUCCAUACCCAGUACAGUGCACUCAGGUCCAUUGUAGUGACCAACUACGAAGAAACCAUUAAGAUGCCCAUCAAUGAACCCGCAAUAGGGAAAAAGAAGUCGCAAAUACAGGAAUAUGUGGACUACAAUGGCGGAGCAGGCGUUCAACAUAUUGCCCUAAACACAUCAAACAUCAUUCAAGCUAUUGUGAACCUGCGUGCCCGAGGGAUGGACUUCCUCUCAACACCUGACACCUACUAUGACACCCUAAGGGAGAAGCUCAAAACCGCCAAGAUAAAAGUGAAGGAGGACCUUAACCGUUUACAGGAAUUGAAAAUCUUAGUCGACUUUGAUGACAAAGGCUACCUCCUCCAAAUCUUCACCAAACCUGUGCAGGAUAGACCCACUCUCUUCUUGGAAGUCAUCCAGAGAAACAACCACUUUGGCUUUGGGGCAGGUAACUUUAAGUCCCUCUUUGAGGCCAUCGAGAAGGACCAAGACGCCAGAGGUAACCUGACCGUGCUGACCCCUGAGGGCCAAACCCAGGCUUUCUACUGA